CGCUCGUUGUCCAGCUGUUGAGGAAAUGGCGGCCGCGGCGAUGGCGGGGGUUGUGGCGGAUCACCCGCUCCUCACGGAGGCCAAAAAGCUGGAAUAUUUCUCCUCCAUCAACUCUAUGGCUCGUAAGAUUAUGGAGGAAAGGGAGAAGAUAAAGGAGGGCUACGGUCCGACUUGGGACGAGAUGAGUCCCGUCGAACAAGACACGGCGAUAGACAACGGGAUGAUGGAUCCGCGGAUCCGGGCUCGGUACGCGAUGCACCGGGUGGAGCGAGAUGAGGUGAUCUGCUUCCCGAAACUACUCCUCCAGACCGGACAGAAGACUGUACACUUCGGAGACGAGGACUUAACUUGGCAAGACGAGCACUCGGCUCCCUUCUCCUGGGAGACCAAGAGUCAGAUGGAGUUCAGCAUCUUCUCCGGUGCUCCAGAACCGUCCGUUCCCUCCUCGGCGAACGAACCCAAACCCAAGCCCUCUCAGAGUACCAAGCUGCCCAGCACUGACGAGUCGUCCUUCUGGAAGAUCAGCGCCGAACGCUCGCGGCUCGAGGGCGAGAAGGCCGAGUUUCAGUCUCUGACGCCCAGCCAGAUCAAGUCUCUGGAGAAGGGAGAGAAGCCUUUGCCGUCGUACCUGAGGUCGGAGUCUGGGCAGAGGGAGUCCGAGGAUGUGCCGCCGCCUCCUCGGCCGGUUCAGCAGAGAGUCACCAAACCUCACGCCCCUCCUCCCCCCAUCCCCAUCAGCGUAACCCCGGUGGCCAUCAGCGUGACCCCGACACCUCCUGCUCCCGCGUCCUCCUCAGAGGAAGGGUGGGAGAGGGCCCAGAGCACGCUUCCCUCCGUAAGCACUGUGGAUGAUGUGUUCAGUCCUGGUCUGGUCACCAGGUCUUCCUCUCAGUCCAACAGCACGGUCAGAGAUGCCAACAAGGCGGAAAGCUCGCCCACCUCCAGUCCUACCUUCUCACAGUUUAACACAAGCAGCAGCAUCCUGAAGACGGGAUUUGACUUCUUGGACAACUGGUAACGCCCGAAUACCCCUGAAGAAUCCAUUCCAGAUCACAGGACCUACAAGCACCACAAUCCCAACACUACAGAACACUUUCCUUUGAAAUCCAAACGCUUCAGUAGUUUCUUUAUAGUGCAUCAAUAUCUCUAUGAUUGUAGUUAAAUCACCAUCUGUCUGACUCUAUCUCACUGGUUAGAAGUUACUGAAUGCAUGAGCUAUGUUACAUCAGACAGUAUUUUUAAACAGAGCAUAUUUUGAGUGUUUUUACACUUGGUACAUUUGCUUGAGUCAGAGUCCAUCAUCUCUCUUCCCCUGGACCUAUUGGUCUUCUUUCCCACUGUUACUGUUAUACUAAACUGUGGUAUGUUUGCAAAAAAUUCUUUCACCAACGUUAGAACCACCAAAACCUGUUUAUCCUGUGUGUCCAGGCAACAAGGGUUGAUAUCCUGAAGUUGCAGAACAAAGUUUCAAAUUUUAGUUUGGUGUGACUACCAAACUGGCACAAUAUACUUAAUCGGUACCAGCCCACUUCUGGAUUGCAUUCACAUCAACCACAAACCACACUGUGGUUCGCAUUAAAACAAAAGCCAAACCCCUCUUUCGGACUCAACUAAAAUCCCUUUGUUUGCUGUUACAGAAGUUCGGAAGAUGCGUUAAUCAAACAAGCCAGAACUCAGUUCCACAGCAAAACCACUAGAGCCAAUGCCACGUCACCUUCACUGCCAUGAUGUUUAUAUUUAUCUAGACCUCAAUACUAGUGUUAAGAUGCUUCACUGUACGUUUAUUAAUAAGGACCUAAAUGCGACACCGUAGCGCUAGCAUGGUUUUGAGGAGAUGACUUGCGCCUUGCUUGUUUUGUAGACUUUUUAUAUGCGUGCUACUUUCAUUGUAAGCUUUGAAGUGAAUCAUUGACUUUUCUCCUCAUUCUCCCGAAUGCUUCCUUUCUUUGUCUCUUUCCUGUAGCCUAACGCACCAGAAAUUUAAUAAAUGAAAGCAAUAGUUACAAUCUACAUUCAUCGUUUGGCCUGAAACAUACUGCACACAAGUACGCAAAUGCGGAUGCAACGUUAAACGGGUGUUAUGGCAGCGACAAGCUCCAGAACCCGAGGGGGCGAUAGAGUUAACCGUUCAGGUAGCUGGCUGGAAACAAAGAUAGAACUCGCUCUUCGCUGUCAACGUUUGAAUUUACGUACAAAUCAACAUUUACGUACUUGUCUGUCAUUUGGUUCAGGGCUGAGCUAGCUAGGGUUCAAAGUUAGGAAUCAUUUGGAGCUUUGUUGCGAGAUGUUUUUGUUGAAUACAAAUGCGUGGCCUGGAGCCAGUAUUUAUGCAUUCGUAUAUCUGUAAUGGAAAAUAAGUACAAUAAUAAAAAAAAAAAAGUACAAUAA